AUGGAAGGACUUUAUCCAGAAGGAUGCGAAUGUCGUCAGGGGACGACUCUCUUCUGCCGGAACAUGAAUCUCUCGCGCAUUCCCAAAAACCUUCCGUUCAACCUCACCAAGCUGCUGUUACACGGGAACCUGAUCGAGAACCUCACCGAGGACGCCUUCAUCGAUUUCCCCGGUCUGGUGUCGCUAGUCCUCGACAGAAACCCCCUGAAGCGCCUGCCCAACUACGUGUUCAAAGGGAACCCGCUUCUGACCAAUAUCCACAUUCUAGACAGCAAGUUGGAAGGAAUCGAGGAAGCGGCCUUCUGGGGUCUCAAUUCCUCCAUUUCUUUUCUUUUCUUGGACGGGAAUUCCCUCACCGAUUCGGCCCUCUCCAGUCUCCGACAUUUCCGACACAUCUUCAUGCUAGACCUGGCGAGGAACGAGAUCGAGCUCCGACACGUUUCCUUUCCGGACAUCUCCUCCGUCGGAAAUCUAUACCUUUCGUUCAAUCGAAUCGAGCAGAUCCGGGAGGACACCUUCGCCUCGGUGAACAUCACCAAUUACCUAACGCUGAGGGGCAACCGGAUCCAGACGAUGGAGGAGAACGCAUUCGGGCGACAAAACUCCCUCGGAGUCCUGGAUCUGUCUGCCAACAAGAUCCGUCACCUGUCUUCGGGGGUCUUUUCCGGCUUGAUCAGUUUACGAGAAUUGGAGUUCCAGAGUUUCCACUACUGCAGUUACACGCCGAGCGUGAAACACUGCCAUCCCAAUUCCGACGGUGAGAACCUCGUCCGAAACCCAUUCCGAAUUUCGCUCCGGCGAGGAGCUGCGAUCCUUUGUGGAUCGCGAACGGAGAUUCACCGAGCGAAAGUUGAGAUCGGACGGAACGUUGCAGGGAUCUCUUCGACGGAGAGCCUGUUGGGUCCCUGGUUCCUACGCGUCUGGGUGUGGACCAUGGCGUUUCUCACCUGUCUCGGCAACGGUCUCGUCAUCUGGGGUCGCAUGAAGAUCAAAGCCGACAACAACAUCGUCACCUUCUCCAUCAAGAACCUCGCAGCGGCGGAUUUCUUGAUGGGGCUCUACCUGUUCGUGAUCGGAGGAGUGGACUUCACCCUUCCGGGAAGAUACAAUUCCUAUUCCCUGGUCUGGAGGUCAUCGGGAAUGUGCAGCCUCGCCGGCGCCCUCGCAAUGCUUUCCACUCAGGUGUCGGUGUUGGUGUUGGCAUUUUUGUCCUUGGAUCGGGUCCUCGUCGUGGGUGUAGCCUUCCCUUCCUACCAACUCGACAUGAAACACGCUCGAACGAUCCUCGCCGCCAUCUGGCUCCUCGGAUUCGCCCUCGCCCUCUUUCCAGUGUUCGCAUGGAACGUGGUGGAGUACUACGGAGCGGGGUCGGGGAUGUGUUUCCCUCUGCACAUCACGGAUCCUUACAUGAAGGGAUGGGAAUACUCCGCCAUCGUCUUCUUCGGCAUCAAUCUCCUCAGCCUGUUGGUGAUCGUCGUGUCGUACUCGUGGAUGUGGAUGGCGAUCUUCCGGACGCGGAAGAACGUGGACAUGGGUCUGCGGGCGAGCAACGACUGGGUUUUCCUCGUUCGGUUUUUCCUCGUAGUCGCCACCGACUGCCUCUGCUGGAUUCCUGUCAUCAUCCUUAAGAUCGUCUCCAUCCUCCUCGUCCACAUCCCCGAGUCGGUGGUGUCGCCGAUAUUGGUCGUGUUUCUGCCGCUGAAUUCCGCACUGAACCCGUUGAUUUACACGUUCAGCUCCCUCCCGUUCCGGAAAUAUGCGGAAAGGAAUCUGAUAAUGCCACUGAAGCGAUACACAUCGUCCUUCUCUUUCUUCGCCGUCCUCACUCCGGCCAUUCCCACUCGCUCGGGGGUGUCGGAUGAGUCAAAGAUCGACCUCUGAAUGUCGUCUCGCCUGAUUGUUUCUUCCAUCGUCGUGCUGCAGCGAUGCCAUCAAGGAUCCAUGUCAUCUCUGGCGUGCCCAGGGGGAAGGGAUUUUGGAG